AUGGAAGCCAAAACAUGUAAUGGAUCAAUUAAUACCUCACCAAUCUUCUACCUGGUGGGCAUUCCCUCUCUACCAGAGUCCUUCUUCCUCCCUGUCUUCUUCUUUUUCCUCCUAAUCUAUUUGCUCAUCCUGGUGGGUAACACCAUGAUCCUCGUGGUUGUAGUGGUAGAGCCCAGCCUCCACAAGCCCAUAUACUUCUUCCUGAUCAACCUCUCAACCCUGGACAUCUUCUCCACCACAACCACGGUCCCCAAGAUGCUGCCCCUAUUCCUGCUGGAGGAUCGCAUUCUGAGCUUCUCUGCCUGCUUCCUGCAGAUGUACCUUUUCCAUGGCCUCAACUGCUCAGAAGCCUUCAUUCUAGUGGUCAUGGCCUAUGACCGCUAUGUGGCUAUCUGCCGCCCACUGCACUACCCUGUCCACAUGACCCCACAGACCAAUGCUGCAUUGGCAGCCAGUGCCUGGCUCACUGCCCUCCUCCUGCCCAUCCCAGCAAUGGUGCAGACCUCCCAGAUGGCAGUUGGCCCUGUAGCCCAUGUCUUCCAUUGCUUCUGUGACCACCUGGCUGUGGUCCAGGCCUCCUGCUCUGACACCACCCCCCAGACCUUCCUGGGCUUCUGCAUCGCCAUGGUGGUGUCCUUCCUGCCCCUUCUCCUGGUGCUUCUCUCCUAUGCCCGCAUCCUGGCCUCAGUGCUUCGCAUCAACUCCCUAGAGGGACGCACAAAAGUCUUUUCCACCUGUAGCUCCCACCUCCUGGUGGUCAGCACCUACUAUUCAUCCAUUGCUAUAGCCUAUGUGGCCUAUAGGGCUGACCUGCCCCUCGACUUCCACAUUAUGGGCAAUGCGGUGUUUGCCAUUCUCACACCUGUCCUUAACCCCCUCAUCUACACCUUGAGAAACAAGGAUGUCAAAGCAGCCAUCACCAAAAUGGCAUGUCCUCAGGCUCCUCGGUAUUCUGAGACCUUUAGCCUUUAG